GCGGCCACCAAAUAGCCCCUCGAUGGGGCCGCACGUGAUCCGUGACGGAGCUGGUCGGCCCUCUUGUUGAGCUUCCGCCACUCACCGUUGUCGCCGCGGUGGAGCUUUCGAGAAGCGUCACGAUGCUUGGGGUUGCUGGGGUAUAUAGGCAUCUCAUAGUCUACUCUGUAGGCUUGAAUGGCUUGAAGUCGCACCUGAACCACCCCAAUCUCGAAUCAUUGCUAGAAAUUAAACAUGGCUUCAAGGUUACAGCUUACACGAGGUCGACUGUUGCGCUCCUCAGCACUAUCAACGUCAAACCGUAUAUUCCACCCCUCUCACCAGUUCCGUUUACCAUCACAGACCCGGAUCCUUCCUUCCGUCGCAACUAAGGCAUCCUUAUUCCAGCCUCACCAUUUGGUUCGCAAUUAUGCCAAUGGACGCCCACACCCUCCCGGCGGCACCCACCGUAUGAACUUGGGAGGUGAAUCCGAAAAGUCAGCUUUAGAACAAUAUGGUGUCGACCUUACUGCCAAGGCGAAGGCCGGCAAACUGGAUCCCGUCAUAGGCCGGGAUGCCGAAAUUCAUCGAACUAUUCAGGUUUUAUCGAGACGGACGAAAAACAACCCAGUGCUUAUAGGAGCUGCUGGUACCGGGAAAACAGCGGUUUUAGAGGGUUUAGCUCAAAGAAUUGUUCAAGGAGAUGUCCCAGAGAGUAUCAAGGAUAAACGGGUCAUCUCUCUUGAUCUAGGCUCACUUAUAGCCGGCGCCAAGUUCAGAGGUGAUUUCGAGGAGCGCUUGAAAUCUGUCCUCAAGGAGGUUGAAGAGGCACAAGGCGGUGUGAUUCUAUUCAUCGACGAGCUACACACUUUACUUGGUCUCGGAAAGGCAGAAGGCAGCAUCGAUGCUAGCAACCUUUUGAAGCCGGCACUGUCUAGGGGCGAACUCCAAUGCUGCGGCGCUACCACUCUCAAUGAAUACAGACUGAUUGAGAAAGAUGUCGCCUUAGCGAGACGGUUCCAACCCAUCCUAGUUGGAGAGCCGUCAGUUGCCGCCACUAUAUCGAUUUUGCGUGGUAUUAAGAACAAAUACGAAGUCCAUCAUGGUGUACGAAUCACAGAUGGCUCUUUGGUGGCGGCCGCCACCUACAGUAACCGUUAUAUCACUGAUCGCUUCCUUCCAGACAAGGCGAUUGAUCUAGUAGAUGAAGCUGCUUCAGCCUUGCGACUACAGCAAGAGUCGAAGCCGGAUGUAAUCCGGGAGUUGGACCGAGACAUCACCACUAUUCAGAUUGAGCUCGAGUCCCUGCGCAAGGAAACCGAUGUCAGCAGCCGCGAAAGACGAGAAAAACUCCAGGAAGAUUUAAAAGUAAAGAAAGAAGAAGCCGCCAAAUUGACUGAGACAUGGGAGAAGGAGAAAGCCGAAAUUGAGACGCUCAAGCGCACCAAAGAGGAUCUGGAGCGUGCUCGCUUCGAACUUGAUCAAGCUCAGAGAGAAGGAAAUUUCGCAAAGGCCGGAGAGUUGAGAUACUCCACCAUCCCGAGUCUCGAAGCCAAGCUGCCAAAAGAAGGCGAGGAGCAAGUUUCAGGGUCUCAGGGUCUGAUUCAUGACUCUGUUACGGCGGAUGACAUUGCCAACGUGGUUUCUCGGACCACAGGUAUUCCUGUCAAUAAGCUCAUGGCUGGAGAUGUUGAGAAACUGAUCAAGAUGGAGGAUACGUUGCGGAAGUCAGUUCGUGGUCAGGAUGAGGCGCUUUCUGCUGUUGCCAACGCCGUCCGCAUGCAGAGAGCAGGCCUUAGUGGAGAAAAUCGACCCCUUGCUUCAUUCAUGUUCCUUGGACCUACUGGUGUUGGAAAGACUGAAUUGUGCAAGAAAAUGGCCGAGUUUUUGUUUUCUACCGAGACGGCUGUUGUGAGAUUCGACAUGAGCGAAUUUCAAGAGAAACACACAAUUAGUCGCCUAAUUGGCUCCCCCGCGGGUUACGUUGGCUAUGAAGAUGCUGGUCAGCUCACAGAGGCCGUUAGACGGAAACCGUACGCAGUUCUGUUGUUCGAUGAGUUUGAAAAGGCUCAUCGCGAUAUAUCUGCCCUGCUGCUGCAGGUCUUGGAUGAGGGAUUCCUCACGGAUGCCCAGGGGCACAAGGUUGAUUUCAGGAACACACUCAUUGUGCUUACGUCCAACCUUGGAGCUGAUAUCCUCGUGGGAUUAGAUCCACUGCAUUCUCACAAGCAGUCGUCCGAUAAAGACGAGGUUUCUCCUGAUAUCAAAAAGGCAGUCAUGGACGUUGUGCAACAUGCAUAUCCCCCAGAGUUCCUCAAUCGGAUCGACGAAUUCAUCAUUUUUAAGAGACUCUCCCGAGAAGCUCUUAGGGAUAUUGUCGAUAUCAGACUUAAGGAGCUUCAGUCAAGGCUUGACGACAGAAGGAUGACCCUGCUAGUGGAUAAUGAGAUCAAGGACUGGCUUUGUGAGAAAGGUUAUGACCCCAGAUAUGGCGCUCGCCCCCUCAACCGCCUGAUUGCGAAGGAAAUCGGCAAUAGGCUGGCUGACAAAAUCAUUCGUGGUGAAGUCACUUCCGGACAAACCGCUCAUGUCUCAUUCAACGCCGAUAAGAGUGGACUUGAAGUUACUGCAGAAGGAGCGAAGGCUGCAGAUGCAACAAAUGCAACAUACCCAACAGAAACCGAAAAUCCAUGAAUCUGUUGAUAUGAUCUUUUAUGCUGCUUUUCUUUAGUGGCGUUGGAUAUAGCAGGCAUGUUCGAUUGGUUUGAAAAUGUGGGGACGUCUUUGCUCAUGAUGUCUAUGUAUAUUGACGAGAUCUCAUUUGUGUACAUUACUAUAUGGCUUUUAGAUACAUAUGUAUAUUAUUAUUAUUAUAUUCUUAACCAAUUAUCUCCUUUUAAUUGGCCGCAUUUCGAGUCGAAAAUGAUCAAGACACAUUCUAGCAUUCAGUGCCUAAGGCCUACAGCCAUUCUCACGUUAUCUGAUGAUAGCUUUUCAAUCACAUUUACCUUCAACAACUCCAGUCAACAGGAUUUGCCUCAUAGAAAACCAAUGAUCAAACGCAUUGGAGAGCUGCACGAAGAAAAGACAAACGGCGUGUCACUCAGACAUCACACCCCAUUCCCUCGAUUCUAGGCAUAGCCGUAACAGAGCUGUACGGUCUGCUGUCUCG